UUAUGUUUCUGUUCUGAUAAAAUUUAAUACUUUCUGAACUUUUUCUGCAUGUCAAACCUCUAAUAUUUAUAUUUACAGUACAUCAUUAUUUGUCUAACACACUGUCAUAAGUUAGAAAUUACGGUACAAAUUGUUCUAAAAUAUCAAGGAUACUUACGCUUUGGCGUCGAAAUGAACGACAGAUCCGUUGAAAAAGACAGUACGCCUGCAGAUAAGCAAUGUCCAUUCAAGUACAAGUGUUAUAGGAAAAAUCCAAUCCAUUUUCGCGAGCUGUCACACCCUGAUUUCGAGUGCCUCGUUAUUAAUCAACUGGAUGACAAUGUUGUGGUCCCUGACAACAUUGGCUUUGAAAGCCCUGACCCUUGUGAGUUGCUUCAGCAACUUCGUAUUGUUCAAACUGUACUAAAAGAGAAGCGAGAGAGAGAUGGAAUAUCCUUUGCUACACUGCAGGCCAAAUUAUCAAAACUUACUCCCAAACCAAGAUUAAGAACACAAUCCAGCACAAGUAAUGAUAACAAUGUACCAAACACUUCAUCAGGAUCAAAGAGAUCAAAUGCAAAUGAAGAAGAUCAUAUUUCUGGGAACAGUAAGAUGAAAAAAAGUAAAAACAGAGCUAAUCAAAAUGUUUCUGGUGAAACAUCAUUAGUGGAGCAAAUGAUUUCUCGCGACUCUCAGGAUGCCAGACUGGCACUGAGAGAAAAAACAAUUUCCAUGAUGAAAGCUCACGGUCACAAAAUAUCUGUAGCUAAGGUUGGAGAAUUUGGCAUGAAGUUUGCUCUUGCUGCACCGUAUCAUUUCUUCUUAACAAGAGUUGAAAAAUGCCAUGCGACUUAUGAUCAGACCAAUUCGAUUUCCUUUCCGGAAAUACUUGACAUCAGCUUAGGCGAGAUACAGUCCUCCUUACAACUCUCAUUUGUCGUCGACGUUGGUUGGUUAUGUCUCCAGUAUCUUCUGGCUGCUCAAAAGGCCGACAUGCUUAUUCUCUAUGGCGACAGAGCCGAUACGGAACCACUUCCACCUAAUAUUGAAUUGCAUCGCAUAGAAAUGCCUACUGCUUACGGUUGUCAUCAUUCAAAAUUGAUGAUUCUGAAAUACAAAGAUGGCGGUAUUAGGAUAGUUGUGGGUACAGCUAAUCUAUAUGCGGAUGAUUGGGAGAACCGCACUCAAGGGCUUUGGAUGUCGCCGCAUCUACCUCCAUUACCAGAAGACGCAAAUCCUAAUGAUGGCGAAUCACCAACAAAAUUCAAGUGGGAUAUACAACAAUAUCUGAUCAAAUAUAAAAUUCCCGAACUAACCGAUUGGAUAAGUCUUAUCAGACGAGCAGAUUUCUCGUCGGUCAAUGUCUUCCUGGUUGCUUCAGUACCAGGAAGUCACAAAGAGCGCGAAGUUAACUCCUGGGGACAUAAAAAGUUAACCGCAGUCCUCUCUCAACAUGUAAACAUGCCUCGGGAUUCUCCUUACUGGCCCAUUGUUGCAAUAUCCUCCAGUAUUGGUAAUUUAGGACCUCAGUAUUCCAGUUGGCUUCAAAAGGAAAUUGUUACCUGUAUGUCUAGCGAGAAGGGACGCCAAGGUCUCACUGACCAACCGGAAUUCCAUUUUAUCUAUCCGACUAUUGAAAAUUUCAAGAACAGCUAUGACAUGCGAGAAGGCUCCUGCUGUUUUUUAUACAGUAUAGAAUCUCAUAAUAAGCAGCGUUGGAUCUUGAAUCAUAUGCACAAAUGGAAAGCCCAGAGUACAGCACGCGAUAAAGCAAUGCCGCACAUUAAAUGCUACACUAGAAUGUCACCAGAUAUGAAAGAGAUUUCGUGGUUCUUAUUAACAAGUGCAAAUCUCAGUAAAGCCGCUUGGGGGCAGCAUCGGUAUUCACAUUACUUAAUGAACUAUGAAAUUGGAGUGGCAUUUGUACCAUCAAUUAUUACGGGAGGCAAGACGUUUCCAAUCAAAGAUGCUGUUGAUAAUUUGCCAGUAUUUCCUAUUCCUUAUGAUCUUCCAUUGACACCUUAUGGACCGGAUGACAAACCGUUUGUUAUAGAAUUCUUCAAGGGGUACGAAUAAAGGCACAAGGGUUACGAUUCCACAGUACGGUUCGCGUUUUCCAUAAAACAUCAGCAGGAAAGUCGCUUCCUGAUGAAACACGGGCGCGGUGUUUAGCCACACAUGUCUGAUUUCUUCGGAAUGACAUGUGUGAGUAGUACGGUACAUGUCUGGCGUUCAAAUUGCCCCUAACGAGAGUCUUGUGUCUUCGACUUAUCAAUUACGUACGAAGUAGACUCUUUCGCAAUGCCGAUCAAUUCGCCAUGUAUAGUUUUGUAGUUUUUCUGGAGAAUAUUGAGUAAAGGUCACAAAUACACGUGUGGAAAAUUACAUAUACGUUUGCUUAAUGCAUUCGUUCUAAAAGAAUGCGUAAGCAUCGGUAAGUGAGAACUAUAACGUUGAAAGAAUUUCAUCUUGGCAGUACCAGUUGGAGAUUAGCACUCUAAUGGAAAAAUAAAUUUUUACAUUAUUGUAUAUUUGACCAAUACCUUAUCGUUUAUUGCGUUAUACCUUUAUUCUUAUCGUUCAUUUUCUGUAGAAAAUUCAGCUUUGGAUUGAUUAACCACUUAACCUCACAUUCACCUGGCGUUCGUAUUGUCCCAAACUAUCUAUGCUCAAACAACAAAUAAUUUUUCAACCAAAUAUCAGUUGGCGUUAUAGAUCUUCCAAACGUGCAAACUAAUGGCAAAUAACUAAACAUCUGGGAUGCGCGAUUCCCGUUUAAGUGGUUAGUAAUUUAUAGAUUAGGCAAUAAGAAAUUCUGUUGUAAUAUCCUUAUCGGCGCCUAAGCUCAAUUAACUGGUAUGAUGAACAGAAACAUGCAGAAUUGUUAUAGACAAUUGUACAAUCUUAAAUACAAUACAAUCUUAACGUAUUGUACUUCAGUUAAUUGUGGUUUAAGCAUUAUGACAUUGACAUUCUUAUCAUCCCUGUCACGAUAGAAACAGAUUGGAACAUGUAAACUCGCUAUGAAAAAUUAUACAGUAUUUUAUAGAUUAUAUACAUUGUAUGUUUUUAUUUUUAGGUUAUAAAUUAAAAACUUUCUGUUUAUUUUUA